GACUUAGUAAGAGGUUUGUUAGCUGAUUCUCUGCCAACUAAACUUUACAUCUGUCAAUAAACCCCAAGUGAUCAAGUGUUGCUAAUACCUUCGUAGUCCUCAAUCUGCACAUGUGCUUGAAGAAAAAAACAUUGUGUAUAGACUGUGCAACAAUUCAAGGAAGAAUUAAACGAACUUAGACUUUUCAUCUGUGUUGUGACUUAUAUUAUCAGUGUUGUUAUAUUCCGAGAACAUUUAAGGAGAUGUGAUUAACAUAUGUUUUUCUAAAACCGUGUAUCGCUUAUUUGAACAAUUCUUUUAGACAGCAAAUUCGCAAAGUCUAAGAAUGACAGUCCUAAGAAUGACAUCCCCGGUAACACCGCCCUCAACCAGUCCUGGUUCCCCAAACCAGGCUCAGGCUCCUCAGGCAUCGCCAACCCCAGCUCAUCGGUUGAGCUUUUCCGUAGCAUCAUUGUUAGCUGGCACCAAGAAAUCAUCAGAUACAUCCUCAAGAAUCAGUACCUCCUCACCAUCUCCAAGAUCCUCUCCCAACAAUUCAUAUUCCAUAAUUCACCACAUAUCAUCUCCUUUAUCAAAAUACACGUCCACCGAUCUGAGAUCUCACCGAUACAGCAUCACGGAGUCCCUGAAGGAUUAUUCAGAUCCAAGAAUACCUCACUAUGCCUCUUGUGACUCGCCAAAAAGCGUUUCGGACCAUGGGACCUCCUCGAAGAAUUACGACCUGUCAGAAUUCACUGCCGGAUCGCCUACUCAUCGAAACUUUUCUGGACUUUUAGAUUAUAGGAUGUCUAGCUCCCCAGUCUCCACGGACUUAAAAACCCCAGACUCUAGAAUUACUCUAUCACCAAAACAUCAUUCCGUCAUCGGUGCUCGCGAUAUUCGGUCCCAGUCCCCAAGGAGUUCACAUGAUGAGGGGCGUUCAAGGUGUUCGGAAGGUGAAGACGUCGAGGAUGUGGCGGAUGAUGAAUCGAGUCUGGUUGACGUCGAGGAUCUUCAGCAACACGCAUCUAGUCCCACGCCCGUAAGGCCCACUCCAGCAUAUAUUGGUGGUUUUUCUGCACUUGGGAACAUCUCUGGAAUCACGCCCGGCCUACAUCCAGCGAUGUGGGGUGGACAUCAGUCAGCAGCGGCAGCUGCAGCUGCCACCUUUUUUCCGUCGCACUUCUCUCAUCAUGCACCUUUGAAUGAGAAUGGAGAGCCAGCCAAAAUCAAGUGUAAUCUGAGGAAACACAAACCUAAUCGGAAACCGAGGACACCUUUUACCACGCAACAAUUAUUGGCACUGGAGAAGAAAUUUCGAGAAAGACAGUACCUUAGUGUUGCUGAACGAGCAGAGUUUUCAUCGUCCCUUCAUCUAACAGAAACACAGGUAAAAAUUUGGUUCCAAAAUAGGAGAGCGAAGGCAAAGCGUCUCCAAGAAGCAGAGAUCGAGAAACUGAGAAUGUCCGCAGUAAGGCAACAUCAUACAGCACUUUAUGGAUCUCAUCAUGGGCUUCUCGGACCAGCAGGGCUUUAUCCAGUAGGAAUGUUGUCCCAUCCCGGUUUGACGUCUCAUCACCCUAUUUCUCAGCACCCUACAAGGGAAUGAUCUUGGAAUUAAACGGGAAUGAAUAAAUCUGGGCGGCCUCAAUCUCAGUGAGCAUGUUUGUAAGUGUAAAGUAAAAACGACCCGCAAGUCUAAGGAUAGAUUACAGACGAUGGUUUCAGAAACGAUAUUGCGAGUAAUCGCGCUAAUUAAUAAUUGCCAGAGUCGUAUUUAAUUGGACGUGAAAUGAACUGGCGGUUUAUGCUCGCCAGUAGCGGACUGAACCAUGAAACUCCGGGCGUCUUGAGUUUGUAAAUAAAUUGUAAAUAAUAUCGUCUGACGACGAUCAAAUUAUUCUGUAAAUAUGUGAUCCUGCGAUAAAUGUGUAAUUAAAACUGUAGGCAGACGCCUGCGGUUUCUUCUCAUUUUUGUAUAAAUGUAAGUAAGAUAUAAUAGAAGAGCCUAUUUAAUAAAUUGCAAUGUCUUGAGUACCUGCAAA